AUGCUAGCGUAUUCUCAAAGAGAUAGAUGGUCUUUUGAUAGCGAACACUUAGGUUCUAGCAGACGGAAACUUAGUGGUAGUAGCAGUAGCAGCAGAUUCUCCUUCUCCCAAUCCCUUGUAAAUCAGCAGAUAUGUGGAGCAAAGUUUGAGAAGUCUUCUGUUGCCAACUUCGAGCGCCAAAUCGCUGCUGUUCUUGCAUGUGGCCAUGUUUACCACGCAGAGUGCUUAGAGACCAUGACUACAGAGAUAGAGAAGUACGAUCUUGCUUGUCACGUAUGCACUAUUGAGGAGAAACAGAAGACAGAAGGAAAGGCUCUAAAGAUGGAACCUAGUUUCAGUAGCAAAGGCCCGUCUAAGUCAUUCUUGAAAUGGCGUUUGGCUUCGAUCAGUUCCAAGUUGAGUAAACUCUCGUCCAAAGACUCUGCAUUAAAGAAAGGGUUUUGGUCUAGACACCGUUCUUCAUCAAACAUAGAGGGACUUAACCACACAUCUCAGCUUUGUAGAAAGAAAAAAAUAGAUAUGGUUGGAGCUUCAUCUUUAGUCUUUAGAGCAGCUGUCUUUAAAGUUCUGUAA